GAGAAAGAAAGAGAGGCGUUUAUGGGUGGUAAGCCGCCGCGUUGCGUCAUCAAUCUGCGACAGGAGGCGGAAGUAAGAAGCAUCCAAGGAUGGGAACUCAAAUUAAAGAUGUUGUUAUGAAGGCUGAUGCUCCCAGUACAUUACUGCUGGACAAACAUGCGGAUUACAUUGCAGCAUAUGGCUCAAAGAAGGAUGAUUAUGAGUAUACUCUUUCAGAAUAUCUGCGAAUGAGUGGAAUCUAUUGGGGUCUGACAGUAAUGGAUCUUAUGGGACAGCUUUCACGAAUGAGUAAAGAUGAAAUAAUAGAAUUUAUCAAAUCCUGCCAGCAUGACUGUGGAGGGAUUAGUGCCAGCAUAGGCCAUGAUCCUCACUUGCUUUAUACACUUAGUGCAGUGCAGAUUCUUUCACUGUAUGACAGCCUUAGUGUAAUAGACACAGAUAAAGUUGUUGAAUAUGUGAAAUCAUUGCAACAAGAGGAUGGUUCGUUUGCUGGUGAUAAAUGGGGUGAAAUAGACACACGAUUCUCCUUUUGUGCAGCUGCAACACUGGCAUUACUGGGAAAACUAGACGCCAUUAACAUAGACAAAGCUGUUGAGUUUGUUCUCUCGUGUAUGAACUUUGAUGGAGGAUUUGGAUGCCGACCUGGAUCUGAAUCUCAUGCAGGACAGAUUUAUUGCUGCACAGGAUUCUUAUCUAUAACUAAUCAGCUGCAUCAUGUAAAUGCCGACUUGCUUGGGUGGUGGCUUUGUGAGAGACAACUACCAUCAGGAGGGUUAAAUGGCAGACCAGAAAAGUUACCAGAUGUUUGUUAUUCCUGGUGGGUACUGGCAUCAUUGAAAAUUAUUAAGAGAAUCCACUGGAUUGACAAAAAUAAACUGCGUAGUUUUAUCUUGGCCUGCCAGGAUGAGGAGACAGGGGGCUUUGCUGACAGGCCAGGAGAUAUGGUGGAUCCUUUUCAUACACUGUUUGGAAUUGCUGGUUUAUCACUUCUGGGUGAUGAGCAUAUCAAGCCUGUGAACCCAGUUUUUUGUAUGCCUGAAGAAGUCCUGCAGAGAAUGAACGUACAUCCAGAAAUUCUAAACUAAACUUAAUUACAUAUGAACUGACACCAUCAUGUUUAAAGUACAUAUAAGAGGAAAAUAAUAUUGGAUUUCCAAACGUAAACUUGAAGACAAAAAAAUACUGUCCUGUAUUUUAAAUAAUCUUUAAUAUUUAUAUAUAUAUAUAUAUAAUAUCUGCGGUGGGUUGGCACCCUGCCCAGGAUUGGUUCCUGCCUUGUGCCCUGGGAUUGGCUCCAGCAGACCCCCGUGACCCUGUGUUCGGACUCCGCGGGUUGGAACAUGGAUGGAUGGAUAUAUAUAUAUAUAUUUAAAAUAUGAUCAACUGUUUAAUGGAUUGAAGGUUAUUCAAAUAAUGAAGACAUGGAUUUUACUAUAUCUAAGUGAUAAAGAUAUAGAUAACAGAAAGAAUUGUUUACAAGUAUUCUAUUUUCCUAGUACUCUAAUCCAUUAUGCAGUAAUAGUCAUUAAUGUCUGUGCUAGCAGUUUGACACACUAUUGUUGUAUUUAUAAUUAAAGUUCUAUCUCAUGCUGCACCAUUGAUGCAGUGCAUACUAUGCGCACAUUUAUUACACAGGUUUGGAAUCAAUAAAGGAUUUAACUCUAAUUUCCAAAUGUAAUAAAGGAUUUCAGUAUCUAUGGUA